UUUGCCAGAUUCUGACUCUCCGCCAAGUUGUGUUACACGUCAGUAGGGAACCUGUACUGGUGAGCGGACGUGUACAGCGCGCGUCAGGCGGUUCCCGGAUGCGCCAAACAGAAACAUGGAACGGGUAGUGGUGGAAGUGCCGAUCAACAACGGAUUUUCCCUCGCCGGCCCUUCCACGACCCCACGAAAGCGUCAGGUGCGUUUUUCAGCACGGCAUGACAUCAUCCUUCUGCGGGAGGUUAUUGCCCAGAACCCCUUUGCCUCCAAAGAGCCAGGACGGCUCUGGGCCCGUGUGGGGGAGAUUAUUACUACAGCACUCCAAGAUGAAAACUUUGAGGUGGAUGCCAGGAGGUGUAGGGAGAGGACUAUGCUGCUGCUAGACUACUACAAGAAACAAGACUUUCCCAGUCUGCGCAGGUUCGGAACAGAGAGGUUGUACGCCCAAAAGGAGGAUCUGCUCCAUGAGGUGUUGGAGCUGGAGGCUGAGAAGGGGCUCCUGGCCAGCGGGGAAAGCACAAAGUACCAGGACGAUGAACUGAGAAAGCGAGCCAUGGAAGAACUAACUCUGCCAGAGCAGGAAAAACCCAACAUCACUAUCACACAAACACCCACUGCAGGUCAAUUCCUUCUCAGUCAUCAGAAGAAAUCAAUGAGCCAAUCAGAGGCUGUAGUCACGUUGGGUUUGCAGCAGUUACCUGUCCUUUCAAGUCUACAAGGGACAGAACCAGAAGAAGACCGCGAGGAAAUGGCAGAGCUUUCAGCAGCGCCCAUGGCCAAGCGGCCCUGCCAGUGCUGCUGCCAGACCUACUCUGAGAUUCUCAGCUUCCUGGAGAAACGCUCAGAGGCGGAGCAACGGCUGCGAGAGGAGGAGCUUGCCCUGCGCCGAGAGGAGCUAGAGAUUCAAAGGAGUAAGAUUGCUCUGGAGAGGGAACGUCUGGGAGCUGAGAGAAAAGAGACGGAACGGAGAUUUGAGCUGGAGAGCCAAGAGAGGCAGGUUAUCUUGGACCUGCUAAAAGAGAAGGUGCUGAAAGGCUGACAGAGAAAAACUGUAUCACAUCUUUAAAAAAAAAGUCAAAAGCAUGAAACACGGGGGAAAAAAACAUAGUUGAAUCCUCUAAAAUGAGGAAGCAAACCAAGGAAACAGGAAGUGAAAAGAUCAAUGGUUGUUGCUUGCGACAUGCAGGUCAUUGACUUGGUAAAAUAACCGAACAAAACCUGAUUGUUGAGAUGAACAGUGAACUGAGCUUUAAAAUGGAGGGCAGUAAUGCAGGAUUUGCAGUUGCCUUUGUCAAUCUUGUGUGUUUGGUGCACAAAGUACCAGAAAAGACAUAAAAAUGAUGACAAUGUUUAAAAGGUACAAUAUUUGCCUAAACCAGCUGUACAAAGCUGAUCCAUAUAGAUCUCAAUAGACACUCCCUGCAUUUUAGUCUUCAUCGCACAGUCUGCAUGAGGAUUUAAAAGCGCUGCAAUUACUGGAAUGCCACCUAAGAAAUGGAGUGCCAAAAAGGGUGCGGUGCAGUUUCUUAGGUGUGGUGAUCCACUGAAAAAAACUGGCAGACAGGUUCAUCGUGUGCCAGGAUUGUCUGUUGCACAAAAGCAGAUAAAUGCAUUCCUGCAUGUGACACUAACAGCAGUAUGGUUUUAUGAGUCUUGUUCACAGUGUAAGGGUUAUUUCUUUCUGUGUGGUUCCAGGAUGAAAAAAAAAAUCAAGGAACAACUAAGAAGCUGUAUUUUGAGGCAAUUAACAUUCAAGUUAUGGUGCAGCUCAAACUUUUUGAAAAGCCUGUAGCAUUAACAUAAUGACUUUACACAUGCUUUAUUCAGCCACUUCUUUUUCAAUUUGAAGACAUUUUGAUUAAAAUAGAUGUUAAACUAUAUUUUACUGACUGUGAAUCCACUGCAUAUUGACUGGUAAGCACUUUUGUACUGCAAACAAUAGAAGCCAUUAAGUGUGUGUCCCUAUUCUAUAGAUUAUACAGAAACAAGUGACAUAUUUUUGAACUGAAAUUACAUUAAGUGAUAAUGUCACAUCUUGGGUGUGCUACAUUCCUUUUGCUAUAAGAUAGUUAUUAGUCAAAUGUAUGUCAACAUCCUUAGUUUUAAGCUGUCACUCCCAGAUGUAGAUGAACUGUCAUUGGUUAAAGUUGCAAUAUUACUUAACAUGGAAUUCAUGAUACAAGCACUUUUUAUUACAUGUUCCACUGUACAGGGCGUUUUUUUCUGCUCAUGAUUUAUUAAACAAUCUGGCUUUUAUUACAUGACAGUUGCUACUGUGACCUUCUGUAUAUUGUUCAUAAAAAAUGCUAUUUUUCUUUAAAUCCCCACAACAUAGUCUAUGUUGUGUAAAAUGAAAGCGUUGAAGAAAAUGUAUUAACCUAAAACCUAAAAGUUGAUCAUUUUUAUUCUGCAAAUAAAAAACUAUAAAAUUA